AUGAUCAAUAACCAUAACUCAAGUUAUGGGUUUAAGCACCAUGAUCCAAAAUAUCAUUUUGUUCGAGAUCAGCAAAAUCAAAAUAAUAUGGUUCUCAGUUUCAUGAUUUUUGUUCCAACUAAAGGUUUUGUUUUUAGGAGGAAUGAUCGAAAGGAAGCAAACCAGCAAACUCACGAAUUGAGAGGAAGUGGUGUGAUAAGUAGGUAG